CAUAGCCAAACUCUGCGUUUCUCUCUUAGGUUUCGGCGAAUCGCUACGUCGCCAACCGAUGCUGCUUUAUCUGAUUUUUUUUUCUAGGACUUUCUUCCUACGUUGCAGAGGAAGCGGCCACGAAAACGCUGUUACUCAGAUACGAAACGGUAUCUUUAUCCAGUGCUCACCCACGUAUUUACUAUUAUAGGUGUGUUUUGCUCAGUCAUACUUGAAACGGGCUGCCCCCCCAGUCGGACGGUCGCUUACAGCUGACCUCGAGGAGCGUGUUUAAAUACGGAGUGUCGACCCCCAUGUAACACGAAUCGAGACAGGAACAAACAUUACCGGACGAUGCUUCCGAUUUGCUGCUAAAAUAAUAAUAAUAAUACAAUAAAAGAAUUUCCAUCGAAGAGGCGCUGACUUUACGCAUUCACUACGGGCCAUUUUUGCGUAGACGGCGCUUGGAAUCGGGUUUGAAGAGCCAGUAGGAUGGACGUAUUCUGCGUAGGAAUACCCCGCAAAGUACGUCCCGGAUUCUGUAAUCUGCGUGGAAGAACUGAAUAAGGAGCUGCCGAUUUUGGAUGGUCGUAGAAGAUUUUUUUAAACACAGCAACGAGGGUAACUGCGACUUGAGUGGGGAACGACGGCGGGGAGAGCCUGGUUAUUUUCUGGCAUGCAGGAGAAAAUGACAUGCCAACAUGUCUCUAAAUAAACGGAUGACAUCAUUUAAACAAAUAUAUAACAAACUUUCAACUCUGUCUUGUAUACAGUGGGAUUUAAAUAUAAAAGACUUUAAUUGCGUAAUGAGCAGUGACUUGUAGACCAGAUGAAAAACAACCAGUUUCGGAUUUUUUUAAAAUGACUUGUGGGUUGCUGAUGUGCCCAGGAAAUGAGAAGCGCUGCUCGUAAGGCACUGACUCCGCAUCGGCUGGAUCUCUGAACUGCGGUCAGCGGAAACCUGCAAGUUCGGAUGCAAGCAAACAACUGGCCUGAGCUACAUGAUCCGGAGCCUUGCCUUUUACUGGUGCCGAGGCGUAUGGGUCCUGCGUACUCAAUCUCCCAACUCCCACACAAAAAAUACAGAAUAGCUGUAUUUGCUCCUGAGCGUACAUUAUAGUAGAUAGCGGUAGCUUCGUGCUCCUCGACUGACAGCUACCCUUUUUUCCUGUUCCUUAACUGUUUUCAUCUUAGAUUAUUUGGCUGCUAUGUGAUACGCCAAGAAAUAAGCUGAACGGGUCGCUCCCGCCGUGGCGGUGUUCGGAACCGGGGUCUGCACCUUUUUAAGGCGAAAAAACAAUAUAUCUCUGCUCCAUUGGGAUAGUGUGACUUGCAGUAGUCCACAGCUGGCAAAGUCUCUAAGUAAACGGCGUACGCGAUCUGCGUAAGGUACGUCUUUUCUUGGUUAAAGGCGAGACUGAAGUGACAUUGCAGUCUUUUUUUUCUCCCCCUUCAAUCCCCACCCUCAAUGGUUGGAGUUUAGGAAAUAGCGUAAAGUACGCGGGAGGGGGGGGGACAUUACGUUUGGGUGUAGGGGUGGGGGUGGUGGUGAAAAAGGAGAGAAGGUGGAGCGCUGUCCGCCGUACGCGUUUGCGCAGUUUACGCUUUACCCCGCCCCUCCCGCGGCGACGGUGAUGGGUCGGAAGCGGUGUGUCGGCGCAGAUUGCUCCAAGAUGGCGGCGGGGUGCUGCGGGGUGAAGAAGCAGAAGCUGUCGGGGUCCCCCGGCGCGGGGGGUCCGGGCGGCGCGGGGAGCGGGGUGGCCGGGACGGGACACUGCGGGUCGGACUUGGGGAUGGGCUCCUCGUCGGCUGCAGCGGCGGGGAGCGCCGGUCGUGUGAACGGCCUUGGGGGUCCCGGGGGUGGCAGCGCGAGCAGCACCAACGCGUUGUCCCCGGCUCCGGGAGGCUACAACUCAACCGGCCUUUCCCCGAAUCUCAGCCCCGGACCCGGGUCGGGCAGCGGCGGCAGGAAGAUGGUGGUGUCGGCGGAGAUGUGUUGCUUCUGUUUCGACGUGCUUUAUUGCCAUCUAUACGGAUACCAGCCACCUCGGACACCCAGGUUUACAAACGACCCUUAUCCGCUGUUCGUUACUUGGAAAAUAGGCCGGGACAAGCGGUUGAGGGGUUGUAUAGGUACAUUUUCAGCCAUGAACCUGCACUCAGGACUCAGGGAGUACACCCUUACCAGUGCCCUUAAAGACAGCCGCUUCCCCCCGAUGACGAGGGAUGAGCUGCCACGCCUCUUCUGCUCAGUGUCUCUGCUCACAAACUUCGAGGACGUCGGCGAUUACCUAGACUGGGAGGUAAGCAGGGCCCCUGGACGCCCACCCACAGAGAACAUGCCGGUGGGUGUACAUGGCAUUAGGAUAGAAUUUUUCAAUGAAAAAGGAUCAAAGCGUACCGCCACCUACCUGCCAGAAGUUGCGAAGGAGCAAGGAUGGGACCACAUUCAGACCAUAGAUUCCUUACUACGAAAGGGAGGUUACAAAGCUCCCAUCACAAACGACUUCAGGAAGACCAUUAAAUUGACCAGGUAUUGUAGCGAGAAGAUGACGAUGAGCUACGCCGAUUACAUCACCCACCGCCAGCAUCACCACUACCAGAAUGGCAUCGGACACCCUCUGCCCCCUUACAACCAUUAUUCCUGACACCGAGCCGCAUGACCAGUCACUGGACCUCUCCGCGGACCUCUUCCCAGGAGAACCCGCCCCUUCUUGGUCUAGCUAUCUCUACUACUGUACCAUUUUAUGAUGAUAGCUUCCGUUGCCAUGCUUGGCCGUCUGUCUGCGUCAGGCUGGCAACGGGUGGCAGUCGCGCUUCUUUUCUUUGUGUGAGAGCAAAAAGUAACAUUUUUCCCCUUUAACCUUUUUCUCUUGAGUUGGCUUUUGCAGCAUUUAUAUAUCUACAUAUGCUAACCCCCUCCCUUUUUUAAAAAAAAAAAAAAAAAAAGAUAUAUACUGAUUUUAAUUUUCCAAAAAUCCUAAUCAGGUUUUUUUUUUUUUUUUUGUCUGUGGAUGGAAGGAAGUCAGUUUUGAUGGGAUAAUCAUUAAUGGUUUUGCUUUAGUUUAUGUAUACUACGUUUGGUAAUACAAUUAAAUAGGGAACUUGGUUUGUUUUUUUUUAUUUAAAAUCAUUCAUUAGCCAGGUGUGUGUAUCUUAAUGGAGACCCACGGGUCUGAAGGUUCGUCGUCUUUUUGCGUGAGCUAUUGGCUGUUGGUGUGGUUCCGUGAAUCGUGGCUAGAUUAAUCUUGAUGUAGCUUCUUGUGUAACAAGUGUGGUUGUGGUCCUAUGUGGUAGACUUUGGGUAGACCCGUGACUUUUAAAGCCAACAAUCAUUUAUAUUGUUUUCUCUGUGUGAUUAUAAGCCAGCUCAUAAUUGGGGAACAGACCAGCAAAAAACGCAGGAUUAAUUAGUGACUGGAUAACGCCAAUAUAUGUUUUUGUGGCACCAAAAAUGGUUCAGCAACUUCCAGUACUUUCCCAAUUACUGUUCACAAUAGAAUGAAGUCAGCUCAGGUCAGUGAUUUAUUUUAAUUUUAUUUAAUUUUUUAUCUGUGAUGAAUUGAAUGACGUAACAAGCUGGGUGGAAGUUGAUUUAUACGUUCCUAACCUUUUUCUUUUACCGACUUUUGUCUGCGGCGGCAGAUUUAAGUGCUGUCCUCCGGGUCGGAAGGCUCGACGCCAGCUGGACCCUGUUGGGUGGGAGGAGCUCUUGGUGGGACGUGGACGGCUCUCCUCAGAAGAUGGCGCGAUCGUUGUGCUUUUCUAUGGCCUCCUUUGCAAACCUUAAGCCUGUUACUUGGAGAGGAAAGUGGAAACAGGAAGACUAGGUGUGCUUAAGCAGGAAGAAGGUUAGACCCUCUAAAGCCAUAUUUUCUUCUGAUUCAUGGUUUGCUCUAGCCGUGGUUUGUAGCCGGCUCAGGUGGUACUCCUGUUCAGUGUUCAGUGUUUUCUCCCUGGCAAGGCUUGGUCUAGCUUUUUAUUUAUUUCUUAUCCACCAAAUGGCUGUUUUCGGGGGGCUACUGCCCCGCCGCCUGCCUUGGAUCUGUCAAGUGUUCUGUGUAUUCUUCAGGGGCUUAACAUAGGCCUUUAGGCGGCCUGUGAGCUGUGAUUCUCGCAGGUGCUCAUUGAGCAUGACUUGCAUACGCACCAACGCUUGAUGGGUAAUCCACCUGAAGCAGCAUGUAGCCAUCGUAGCUGCAGCGGUCCAGUGCAAGUCCAGUGCAACCUUUGGGACUCUCGGGAGUAAGCGUUCACGAAUGCUAAGUCUCCAGGCAGCAGCGACACAAUUGAUUUAUGGGCUGUGAUGGACGCAGGCGUUUGGAGUCAUGACUUGAGCGUCUGCUAGUUGUACAGUGUCCAGGCAGAUGCCUGUAUGUCUUCAACAUGUUUCGGGCAAAUGGUUUUACCCCAGUCUAGCGUGUUGCUUUUAGUCUUUUUGAAGCAGACAGGAGUUGCAGCAGAAAGAACUGGGUGGGUAAGCGGUCUUUGGUAGCAUUCGAGAGGCAGGUCUCGUACUUAGAGCAGAUAACGGACUUCUUGUGGCUUUUCUUGAGUUUUUUUUCCCUCAAGGUAUGUGGAACCGUACGACACGAGUUUUCUAUUUACGUUUGUAGACUCGUCUCAAGAAAAUCAAUCUGUAUUGUUGAAUGUCUGAAGAAGGCUUACGCACUCUGUUCUAGGAGAAUGUGCAUAUUGGUUUAUCCUUUGGUGAAAUGUAAAGGGCUUUGGGAUUCCAUCCACAGAAACCCUAUAGUUUCCCCAGAAACUAAAGAGAGACCCUUUUUUCCCCCAGUUGUGUUGCCAGCUACCAGUAAGUUAAUGUCAUCAGUGCUCUGUCGUUUCAUCCGCCAGCCAGAACAAUGAGAGACUCCUUUUUAUCUCGAGCCGCCACACCCCGAGCCCUGGAGUUACGUGGGGUUUAUAUCGCGCUGGCGGCCCACUUUUAAGGGGUCAGCCUUGAGACAGGGGUGAGAGUACAACAGCCCUCAGGGACCAUGCUGGGUUAAACCUCGGGCGUAGUGAAUAUGCCCCUCCUCCCCUGUGGCUUCAUAGGCCCAGGUGCCGCACCUUGGCGGUUACCUGACUCACUGUGUUGGGGCAGCUGUCACGCGCCCGUGCCUCAGUUCUGACGAGACGCUAAGGCCAGCUUUACCGCACGGCACGUGGGAUUUUCAUCUUAAGUGACAAUCUCUGCGAAUUAAAGCUGUCUCCGGACGCGUCUCAAACGGUUAAGGGGGGGUUGAUAAAUCGGCGUCAGAGUCACAUGGCAACUGCAUCCCGGGGCUCUAAUGAAACGACACAACACCUUGACAUUCGAUUUCCUGGCUUUUUACCAACUACAGCACAAACUGAACAUUUUCCGCUGCAAAACAGUCUAUAGGCUUUUCUCAUAUCCGUUUAUUUGUUACAUACAUGCGAUUUUCUUCUUUUUUUUUUUGCGUGUGUGUAUACAAAUAGACAUCCUCAGCAUGCUAGCGUUUUUUUUUAUUUUUUACUUUUUUUUUAAAUACAAACAAAAUGAAAUAAAAUGGUGCUAUCAGACCUCAUGUUGGGGCGGUCACAGUCACAUGACUGGUCAUGCGGACACAUUAAUCAUAUCAGAAUUAUCCUUGAUAUAUGCAGAUCUGUUUUACAGGUGUUUCUUACUGUUGUAACAUUGAAAAUCAAAAACCUGCAGGUUUGAAAGGACAUGGACAGCAAAUAUUCCCCCUCCCCUUGGCCUGGGGGGAAAAAGGGCGUAGCUUUUUGACCCCAUUAGCUGUACAGUAGGUAGCAGCAUCCAAGGCGUGCAACAACGCCUAGACCAGCCGUAAUGCACAGUGGUGUCGGUCCCCCCCCCAAUUUCUGUAAAACCCUCCAUCUGGUACGGGCUUUUGCUUCCCCUAUGUCGCCAGUGUGUUGGGGGGAGUGGGGGGUUGCACGGCCCACGGUCUUUGUUCUGGCAUUUUCUUUGGCUCGUCCCUUAGGGUGGGGGAGGUGGGAGAACUGCGGUUGCGGUUUAUGAUGCUGGACGCAGAAAUUACCUCCAUCUGUAAUGCCCCGUGCGUGUCGGACAAAGGGGCCUCUGUUUCGGCAGACGCCGGUAGAGAGGCCCCAGUCUCCCAGCUGCAUAUCUCUCUCCCCUCCCUCCCCCAACUCGCUUCGACCCGCAUUCUAAAGAGUAUGUGUCAAAAGUGUGAGACGUGGUCGCAAGGUAUCAGCGGCCUGACUGAAUUGGGGAACGUUUGCCAUUGGCCCUCUGCCAGCCUCGUUUCCUUCCCCAAGUGGCCCAAACGAUUCCCACAAUCUAGCCAAUGGGCCAUCUCGAGCCAAAGAAAAGUCUGUGACCCAUAGGGGCUUUUCUGGGUCCAUCUGUGACAUGCAGAACCAAGGACCAGCCUCAGUGCAAGCCUGCCUCCCCUAUCCCAUCUUCUGGCCAGAACACAAUUCAACAAAGCACAGGGAGUCCUGUUUAAUCCAUAUGCGUGUUCCACUGUACCACCGUCACCUAUUUUUACCUGUACGAUGUACUCUCUGUUCCUUCCCCCAGUGGGCGGGGCCCAUCACUGAUGUCUGAAACUGGCACUGCUAAAACACAACAAACCCAAGGUGUUAGGUUGUCUGGAGUUUACCCCGAUGCCGUUGGGUAGAAUUCCUUGGAAUCGCCGAUAUUGGGAUUAUUGUCACGUGCUAGAUGCCAUGCAAAGGUUAUGUGGGUGUCCUCUAGGGGGCCCCCAAAACAGUAUUUAAGUAGGAAUAUGCAAACCAAAAACACAACACGCUCCCUUGACCGUGGGAGAUGCCAUAUGAUAACUGGAUGCUGCUGAUGGGAUUGUCCGGCCCAUGCGCCUGGGCGACGGUGCCGUUCAUGGCUCCGGUUUGCAGGUUCCUACCGCAGAGCUGAUCUCCACCCAUGCCUCUGCGCCACGUCUCGUUUAAUACUUGAAGGAUUGCGCUAUGAAAGCUACGGUGUAAUCCACCUCCGAAUGCACUUUGGGAACAUUGAUUUACACUUGCAUGGUCUCUAGCUUCCUGGUUACUACUCUGCUGUGCUGGGGCAGUCUAUUCGUGAUGGGGCAUCCCCCC